AUGAAUAACUUUUGCAAAGUAACAUGUCGAGGAAUAAAGCGUACGAAACAUUUGCUGAAACUAUCUAGUGUAAAUCAAAAUAAAUGGAGGUGUAUGUCACAAAUUGGUUUGCCGCCAGAAACAAAAGCCGUUCCACAGUUUUCUAUUCCGAAAGGGAUUCUCGGUCAGCCAACGUGUCACACACAUCCUCACAUGAUAUCACAAGGACACCUAACAUGUGGAAUCACUCAAAUGGAAUACAAAGAGAGGCGAGACACCUUAGUCAGCAAAUUAAUUGCUGAAGUAGAUAAUGUACAUCAGACACAUAUAAUUGUAAUACCAGGAGCUUGUAAGCAGUACAUGUCAGAUAAAAUUCCAUAUGUUUUCCGACAAAAUUCAGACUUCUUCUAUUUAACUGGAUGUUUAGAACCAUCAGCUAUUUUGGUAAUGGUAAAACCAGCACAAACAGAUAAUUAUAAGAGUGUGUUAUUUGUGCAUGAGAAAGAUGCUCAUGCAGAACUAUGGGAGGGGCCACGGAGUGGCUGCAGUAGCUCAACUGAGCUGUUUUCUGUGGAUGAAGCACACCCAGUAGAGAACUUCAAUCAAUUCAUUACAAAAAUUUCACAAACCAAGCCAGCAGUUCUUUGGUACCACAGUGAGAACCCAGCUAACCCGGACAUCCAUAAAAACAUCAGCUCCGUUCUGCAACACGGACAAGUUGCACUGCAGGAUCCGCAGAAAGUCUUACAUUUCAUGCGUGUGAUUAAAUCUCCAGCCGAAGUGGAGCUAAUGAAGGAGGCAUGCUACAUAGGCUCUCAAUCUGUUAAUAUGGCUAUGGCAUGCACUAAACCCGGAAUAUCAGAGCGGACUGUGGACGCAGUUCUGGAGUUCACAUGCAGACAGGCUGGGGCGGAGCACGCUGCCUUCCCGCCCGUAGUGGCGGGGGGCCCACGCGCCGCCCACAUCCACUACGUAGCCAACAACCAGAUACUGGACGAGGGCCAGAUGCUCCUGGUGGACUCGGGCUGCCAGCGGUGGAUGUACAACUCGGACAUAUCCCGAACAUGGCCAGUCUCCGGAAAGUUUUCCAAGUACCACAGAAUACUGUAUGAGCUGGUUCUCACAGUUCAGAAGCGGCUAAUAGAGCUGGUCGGCGAGCAACGUCCUCCAUUAGACCAACUGUUCGAUCAGAUGUGUCGAUUGUUGGGAACACAUCUACAACAGGAGGGCAUCCUGCCCAAGAAUAUCGAUGGCCAUGAACUCAUCAAUCGAGCUUACCAGCUGUGCCCCCACCACGUGUCGCACUACCUGGGCCUGGACGUGCACGACGCGCCCCUGGUGCGACGCCGGGUGCCCCUCGCCGCCGGAAUGGUCGUGACCGUGGAGCCCGGGCUGUACGUGGCUGCGGACGACCUCUCCGUGCCGGCGGAGUUCCGCGGCCUCGGCAUCCGCAUCGAGGACGACGUGCUCGUCACCGACGGCGGCCCCGUUGUGCUCACGGAGGCGUGCGUGAAAGAGACGGACGACGUUGAGGCGGUCGUCGGCAAGCACAGCCUC